CGAGAAUUUAGCUCGAGCACAAAAGCGAGACGCUGCAAGAAAAGAGAAAUUUUACUUCAGAUCUGCGCUGAAAAUAUGUAAAGAUAACAACCAAUGUGAUGAAACAAGUCCCAAAAAAUGCUACAAACUUAUGAGCGUCGAUGAAAUCAUUAAUGGAAAGGAUGGCGAAUUUUCAGGCCUUAUACCGUUAAUUAACAAGUUUUUGGAUUCUGUGGACGUGGAUUUUGAUACUCGUUGCACGAUCAGUCACUAUCUUAAAUUCAUGUCCAAAAAGGCGUCAGGCGAGUACUUAACUACAGCACAAUGGAUGCGCGGUUUUGUAAUGAAUCAUGCCGACUACAAGCAAGAUUCGGUGGUUACAGAGAGUAUUGCAUAUGAUUUGGUGAAACUUUGUCAUGAAAUCAGCAACAAGGGACGACCUUGCCCUGAGCUGUUUGGAAAGCCAGAGACAAGAACUAGUCUAAAGGGACCAGAUUGCACGAUGAACGGUGACAAAAUGAAUGGAAAACCCAACGGCGUCGUCGCUUAGUAUCCAUCAUACAACGAUAUUUAUUCAUUGCUAUUUAUUGGCAUUCAUUAAUUUGUUUUUGAUUUGAAUUAGAGUGUUCAGGGAUAACUUCUGGCUGAAAUACGGAGAAAUGGACAAAAAAUGUAAAUUCCAGGGUAGAACAUCGAUGAAUAAGUCAGGUGGUAGUCUGAACUCUCGAUAUGACUGACGAAAUCAUUUGUUAAAUAUUGUAUUAAGGUGUAUUAAGCAAUAAUGUAUUUAGUAUGUAGUAAUGUAAUGUAAACACAAGCUUAAUGGUAAAUAAUCAAUCCUCUCGCAUUGUCUCUUAUUUAUAAAUUAUUUAUUAUUUCAUGUUAUGCUUUCCGUAUUUUACGGUUGCUUCACAUAAUAACUUGCUCACUCGGCCUGAAUGGGAUAUUCGGUUCGUGCGAAAACAAUGAAACUAGGAAACUGAAAAAAACUCCUCGAGAAUUUCCCACCGGAUGAUCUAAAAUCCACUCAAAUCGUCAAUCAAGUAUUGACAGGUUGUGCAGGCCAAAACAGGCAAAGCGUGGGCAAUUGUGGAAGUUGGCAAUACGUGAGUGAAAUGUGUGCUUCUCCUGGCAUCACGUCUUAUUGCUUUGAAAUAGUUUCAUGUCAGCAGAAAGGAGUAAAUUUAACCGAAGUAAGCGUGUUAUUCAAUGAACAAACAGGACCAAAUGGUAGAAACGGAAAAUUUCUAAUGAAUUCCAAACUGUGAAUGCCAGGUGCAAUCGUAAUGAUUAACAGCAAACUUGAUAUUUGACAAUUCGUCGGCAAACAAAUACGCGUGAAUUAAAAUGAGUAACCUGUCUGCUGUAGUACGCGAAGGAUGGUUAAAAAAAGUCAAGAACCAAAAAAAACGUUAUUUUGUCUUGGGUUUUAACAAAGAAACUGGUAAUGCACAACUGCAGUACUAUGAAAGUCUCAAGAAAUUCAGCGCUGAAACUCAACCAAAGCGUGAAAUUUCACUACAAAAGUGCCUUGGUAUUGCAAAGAAGAAUGAUGAAAAGCAUGGCAACAUACUUACACUUUAUUCCAAGGAUGGAAUAUUUCGGCUCAUUGCCAACACUGAUAAAAUCCUUGAGGAAUGGUUUUCUGACUUACAAAAACUUCAUCAAAUGGAAUAUAAGAAUUUGCAAGAACAGAAUUAUGAGAUAGUUUGGAAAGUCAAAGUAGUUUCACGAGGUCUUGGUGGUUUGAAAAAUGUCACUGGCUCAUAUAACUUGGGUCUUAAAGAAAAUGUUCUCUAUUUUGUUAAUCCUGUCACACAAGAAAUUGCUAUUGAAGAAAAAUUAUAUCAUGUACGUAAAUUUGGCUGCCUGGAUAAUUGUGUUUUUAUGGAGUUUGGUCGUUGUGCUGCUCUUGGACCUGGAGAGAUAUGGAUGGAAGUUGAUGAUCCAUUGGUGGCACAGAAGAUUCACGACAGCUUAUCCAGAUCAGUUAGGCCAAAGAAUGCGAGACCCAAUUCAGUGAUUGAAGAUGAUUUGAAAAAAAGUCACUUUACUACAUACGACAACAACAAUGAAUGUGCAAAAACAAGACGACCCACGUUUAUAGAUAAAAUUAUUGGAAAUAAAUCCAAAUGGGAAACAAGAUCUCAUUCGAACUCGUUCUCCAGUGACCAAGCCAGUUCCGCUGAAGAACCAAUAACGUACAGCAACAGGAAAAUCGUGAAAAGUGAUGAUGGCGAAGAUUCAGAAGAACGGCAUUAUCCAAAAAUAACUCCACCCGCCCCUAACUCCAAAUCACCAUCAUCUGAAGAUGGAUUUGUGAAUAGAUACAAAAAUACUGUGGAUUUAGAUACUAAACAUUCCAAGAGCACGUAUGCGCCCAGACGACGCAGAACUGAGUGUAAGCAAGACAUCAAUAAGGUACGACUAAAUUUCGUAGAACAAUACAACAACUCAUCUUUACCGCGACGCACCAGCAGCAGUUCAAGUGGCGACCGAACAUGGCGUCGUAGUGUGGGUAGUGAACAAUCUACUGAUUUUAUUUAUGAAAGUGAUAAGGAUUCUGAUAGAGAGGACAAUGAUGCGUUCUUUCAAAAUAAUGCAAAACAGUAUAUUAACAUGAAUCCACGACAAAUUCCUGUCAGUAGCGACUCCUCGGUGGACGAAUUGACACCAAGUACAAAUCACACGAGUUCAGGACUUACGGGCUCUGAUUUUGGUGCAUAUAUCCCGCUUAGACCUCCUGCAUCCCCACCCGGUGUCUAUAUAAAAAUGAGCCGACCAGGGGAUGGUAACAGCAAUGUAACAGCAUCACGCCCUUCGGAGGUCGCAAAUACCAAUGCCUACGUAAAUAUAAAGCCUGGAUUACCUUAUGAGAAGUCGUCUACAUCAUCUAAUGAGUUCACGUCAGAGAAAUUUGAUCAUGUCGACCGAGGAGAAAGGAAUUUGCCUUCAAAUGAUAUCAAAAACUACGUCAAUGUUGAACCUAAUUGUUCUCGUGGUAAGUUGACAAAAAGCCAGUCCAAGAUCGAACGUGAAAGCGACAAUGAUUAUAUAAACAUAGGCAUAAACAGGAGUAAAAGUGUUGGCAGCAAGUCUCCAAGCUUUCGUAUCUUGCCGGAAAAGACCGCUCCUUUUAAUGCCGACGAAAUUCCGAGUGCUUACGUGAACAUGGCGCCAAACGAGGCCUCGCUGCCAUCUCUCGAUGAGAGCUCUCCCUAUGCAAAUGUUUUUCCUCAAUACCAAAAAGAAUGCAAUUCCAAGAAAGUCUGUGGAAAAAAUGAGGAAGAGUUGACUUAUUUGUCAAUUCAAUUUUCCAAGAAUAAUUCCCCUCGUGAUCAGUCACAUGUACAUAGAUGUACGCCUAACGGAAAUGUUAAUUACGCGAAAAUUGAUUUUGAAAAGUCACAUGUUCUUGCUGACAUUUCAAGUAGUCGAGAAAGACAGUUAAAUGGUAGAAAAGCAAUCCUUUCUGGUGACUUAAAGGAAACAUCUUAAUUAAAGAUCUUUCUAUAUGUCUCCAGUUAUUCAACAUUUCCAGCUGGUUGAUGGAAAGUAUCCUUGAGAAAAUUCAUGAACGAGAAAAACAAUUUGACGACGGAGCUUUAUGACAGAUAAAUCUAGGAUUAAUUUUUUAGUGAUUUUUAACUUUUUUUAUUUCACGUUUGUUAAUCAACGUCAACCGUCAUACUUUUUUUUUUUUGCACUAAGUCGUACGAGUGCAAAAAUAGCAAUAUGCUCAAUUCAUCAUCAUUUAUAUGUUUUGCUAAUGAAGGUUUUCAGUUUUCCAAAUUUCUAUUUUUAUACUUUCAUUACCAUAAAAUCACCAACGAAAGAACAUUUAUAUUCAUCUAUGAACGAAAUGCAUUUUGUAUGAAUUAGAAUGACAUUGAUUUAUUUUGUUCA